GUCGCGCGAUGGCGCUGCAGAUUUUUGGGCUCAACUCUACCGACUGAGAAUGCAAACGAGUGAGAAUGCAUCAUUCGCGGGCUGGAACACAUCAUUGACAAGUAAGUAAGUUGUUUAUCGUUAACUGCUAAUGACACUUAAAGCAAAACUCGGCUCUAUGAAAAUGAUUAAUCAAUGCGACAGUCUGCAUGUAUUGAUUAUUCAAAUUCUAUUUAUUUCUCUGUCACGGUGGUUUGAAGACCAACAUUAGUCAAUUGUAACUGCUAAAGCUACUAAGCUCCAUUAAAAGUUCAGGCCACACAUUGUGUUGUAUUGACUAGCAGAAGUAAUAUGUCUGCAAAGUCCAGGAAGAAUCUUAGAGUUGAGGAUUCUCACACAGGGAUGUUCUUAUACUCAAGUUACGAUGUACAGGUACAAUGGCUGUCCUCGAUCUAAAAUAUACUCUAAUAAUAAUAAUUAUAAUAAUGAUGAUAAUACCCAACAAAUGUGGAAAAACAUGUUCUCCAUAUGCAAUUGUUUAGAAGUAGUUAGUUAAAUCAAAUGCUUAUCAUAAAAUGCUUAAAGUUGCUUUGGAAGAAGUAGGGUAAUAUUCUGUAAUGAACCUUGACAUAGGUUUCCACUCACAAAUAAACCCGAACCUACGAUAAUAUGAUCCUGUAUCCUGAUCACUAUUUGCAGCUGAGAAUUGUUAAUAACUGUUAAUUAGGUCAUAGGUGUUUUAUAGCAACCUAAGUUUUGUCUGUUUUCCCUCAGAUUGCUAUAUCUAUCUUUGCACACCAAGAUGUUAUUCUGACAAUCUUGACAAACUGUUCACUCAUGACCAAUUGAUCACUAAUAGGACCACACUAUAGUUAUUGUAAUACAAAUUUAUUAUAGAUAAAAAGGCCUCUGAUGGACGAACUCUAACAUUUUUUUCUCUUUUCCUUUUCAGUCAAAAUGCCCGGGUCAACAAUGAAAACCUGCAUAUCUUGCAUGCAGCAUAUACGUGUUGCAUGCAAGAUAUGCAAACUUUGUGGAGCCCAACAGCAAAUGAAAAAGGCUGUUGAAAAAGCUAAAGGUUCACAAAUUGAAAAUGGCGGGGUUGCAUCCAAUGCUUCUCUUUGGGAGGGAGAAGAAGGGCUCUGUGACGGCUGACUCCAUCAGUGGCCUGGAGCUAGUUUCAGACACCAAUUACAAGUCCUUGAAAAUCAUAGAAGGACUGUAUGGAAGCCUUGUGACAGUGAUUGUUAAAAGAGAGAGGGCCAACCCAUUAACUCCGGUGGACCCAGAGGGACCGAGGGAACUGGCUGAAUCCCCUCUUCAUCCAGAAGCAACGGAGGAGGAGGGAGAGGAAGGGGAGGAAGGGGAGGAGGAAGAGACAUUCGACCUCUUGUUGACACCUUGUGACCCUGCACCUACAGCUCCUGCCACGGCCCCAUCCACCUCGCAUUCACCUCCUGGACCAAGUUCCCCACCCUCAUCUCCCCCGCUCUCCAACUCAAAAGAGAGCUGUCCACCAAAACAUCCCGACCCUGCACCUAUAGCUCCUGCCACGGCCCCAUCCACUUCCUAUUCACCGCCUGGACCAAGUUCCCCAACCUCAUCUCCCCUGCUCUCCAACUGCAAAGAGAGCUGUCCAGCAAAACAUCCACGGACCCGCAAAGGUGGAAAAAAAGUCAACCCAAAAAACUGCAAUUACCACGACUCAAUGGGAAGUUACCCAUAUUCUAAAAUCUGCGCGGAAAGAGUUCGAGAUGGGGUAAAGGAGGUGAAGGUGAGGUGGCUGCCAUGCCCCAAAUGCAAUUUGAGGUGGAAAGAUUCCUGGGUCCCUAAAACAGAGCUGGAAUAAUCCGGACAGAGGAGGAUGCAGUUUAUAUUUCUGCUUGUUUGACGUGUAAUUUGUUAUUUUAGAUGUUAUUGUAUAUUGUGUUAAUGUUACAUUUACUGUUUCUUGUUCUAUUUUACUGUUUUUAAAUAAAAUGUUAUUUAAAAA